AUGACUAUCCCUAACUGCGAUACUGUCAACAGUCCUUCAAAUCAUCCUCAAAACAAUAUUGGUAGUCCAUGUCGACAAAAACAGCUCAACAGCCGCUCUCAAACCUUUCCUCAAAGCUCUGCAGGAAAGAUUGAACCAAAUCUUCCGGCCUACGAGGGUUACACUUACUCCCAAGCGGACCCCGUUCCUGGGCAAAGCGCAACGUGGACCCGUGUGGAACGAACCGACAUGAACAUAAGCCAACAUGAACUCUUUGAACUGGUACAGAAACGGGGAAGUAAGAAGUCGGCGGCACAACAAUACCAAAAUUUAUCAUCGAUCACCAGACGAGCGCAUAUCAACCAACUGAUCGACGAACAACGUCGCAGGAAUCCACUCGUUGAGUGGAGUUGUGUGUAUGCCAAAGAAUAUUCACGGCCUUCCGAGGCCCCCAAUGCUCGUUAUGGAGACUACGAGACAGUCUCCAUGAAUGUCAUUCUUCUGAAAAUGCCAAAGACUCAGAUGUAUACCAGAACACAAGCCGGGGAUUCAGGGACUAAACACUCGGAUCCUAGCUUGGAGACGAGUUACCGGGCACCAAAGCGAGACCGCUUCAUUACAUCAAAUCAGUCAAGCGCAGCCAUCGAUAAUGUACCGGAGAGUCCAGCGCCUAGCCCUGCCAACAGCAGUGAGACGAGCUUCGAGCAUAGUUCGGGCUGGUCAUCCGAUGGCAGCAGUGAUGCAAACGCCAAAUCGAUGCUAUUUGAGAAAUUUGACGAGACCUCCGAGACUGACGACUCAGAAUCCACGUGCAACGGGCAUCAAGAGGUACGGUUGAUGCGACCUUAUCUCAGACAACAGGCUGAGAUUCCUCAGCCUGGCAGCCCUCGUGGCCGCGAACCCAGCCACACCCGUGGAAAGCCAAAUAGUCGCAGCCUUGAUCGCAGACAAGAGAGAAAUAUUCCUCUUCGUAGUCAAUUUGAGCUACCUGCGGCAAAGACCAUCGGUCCGAAGCGAUUUGAUAGGGGUAGAUCACGCGGAUCCAUGCCUGGGGGGCGAUACAGAAUGCAGCUGAUGAACGACAAUGAGACACGGGGCCAAAUGCUUGAUAACCGUAAGGCAAGCAUUGGACAUCGAGAAAAGAGACUCAAAAGAACUUAUUAUGAAGCCCUCGAGCUAGAGCAGCGUCAAUCGGUAAAGGAUAUUUCCCCGGUUUGUCGCUGCACUUGUCGUUGUGCUAUCAAGGAGAAGAGAGAAGUUGAUUGA